AUGAAAUGCAUCAAACGGGCCAAGCCAAGGAAGGUUUGGUGGGGAGGGAACAACCCUGUGGGGGUUCAUUUGUACAUCAAGAUUAAUGUCUCUCUAGACUGUUUGCAUUGUGAUACUCUUAUGGCUGUUUAUAUGAAUCAAAGUCCAGAAUUCAACUCAACUGAAAAGAAAGUGUGUGAAUGGCACACUAUUAUAUAUGACCUUAAGGAGACACUUAGGUCUUAG